GCCAGGUGCGUUGAGUCAUUUCCCACAAACAUAGACUCAGGUAUACGAAACAGCAGAGUUGGUUGUUUUAAUUUAAAGAAUAUGGGGUGAAUAGAAAGGAUAGAGUGGAAGCUUCGUAGUGCCUGGUUGUACUUAAGCAGAAAACGUUAGAAGAAGCCAGCGGUGUUCAGAGCACGAAAUGAGUGGUAGGUAUUUGUUUACGCGUCUUUAUUUUCUCAGACACCAUAUUGCAAAAAAUAUCCAAAUUUAGCACUGACGUUUUAGAUACUAUAGAAGCCGGAUUAAAUUAAGACGCAGAGCAAGUUUAUUACACGUUUUCUCAUUUGAAAAUUUAUAUGCUAAACUUAAAUUUGGCCGUUUGACGUAACUUUUGACGUUAUUUAGCGUCGCUGUCCUUCGUCCUGAAGCUCAGUGAGGCGCUCAGGGGGAACCCCAAGAUGGUAACUCUUAGUGACAUGUAACCAUGGCAUCAGCACCAUGUGACUUCCUGACUCUUAAGUGGGUCAGACAGGACUUAAAUAAACCAGUUAAAUCCUAUUUCUUACCUCACCUUCUGCAGCUAAGAAUGAACCUUUCCUGAGCUGAUUUGGAAAGAAUUUGGUAGCUCCAUAUGUUCGACAGUUUUUUGUUUAUUUGUUUCUUUUACAUCCAAAUGCAUUAUGGUGUAUUCAUAUGAUGUGCAAGUUUUCAUUCAUGCAUCCAAUAUUGAUUUGGUUCUGAGACUCAGACAGGUGAGAACAAUGCAACAUGGGCAGGAAUGGGCCAGAGUGUGACUCCAGGAAGCAAAAGAGACAGUUAUCAUGUGGGAAAACAGCCAACUUCAAGUCCUCUGCGUGGAGCUGAGAGUGUGUGAAAGGAGACCCCGCCAGCCUCCAUGGCUCAGUCGUCAGACCCAUCCCGCAGAGAGAAGACCCCAGGGACCCAAGGGUCACACACAGCUACGCGCAACCUCUUACGGAAGAAGGAGCAGCGCCGGCGUGGAAUCCGAUCCUCCUCACCAAUGGGUCGGGUCAUCCUCAUCAACUCUCCUGUGGAUGGUGGUGAUGAUAGCGAGGACCUCCACACAAUCACGGUGGAUAAGAGUGUGGACGGCAAGCUUGGAUUCAGUGUGCGUGGAGGCUCAGAACAUGGUCUCAGCAUCUUUGUCAGUAAGGUAGAGGACAACAGUGCAGCAGAGGCAGCAGGCCUGCUCGUAGGUGACAAACUGGUGGAGGUGAAUGGCAUCAGCCUGGAGAGCAUCACCAUGAGCAGUGCUGUGAAGGUGCUGACGGGCAACAACAGGCUAAGGAUGGUGGUGAGACGUGUUGGCAAAGUCCCUGGUAUCCGCUACUCCAAGGAGAAAACUACCUGCUGCGAAGCAGGACGGUACCCUGCUUAUAAGGAGAUGGUGGCAGAAUACAGAUGGCUUAAUAAAUUGGCCAAUGGUACUCAGAAGCCUUCCUCCCAGGGCUCAGAAUCCUCUUCAGCCUCUUCUCUGUCAUCUGGGACUCCGGUGAGCUCUCUGAGCGGCCUGUCGCAGGUCAUGUUCCCGCCCAGCCUGCCAUUUGGUUCUGACAUGGUGGACGUGUGCAUCUCCACCGAGGACCAGAGGUCUGAGUCAGAGCAGACAGAGACUGCCAUUCAGACAGAUCUACCUCUGAGAUCUGGGACAGACACCACUCGCAGCCUGGGACGGACCACUCUGCUCAAAGACACGGUGAUUCGUGGAGAGGAGAGCAAAGGGAAGAAAUUGUCUCCCAAAACAGCCGUGCUGCUGGCUCUUAGCAGGCCAAGCCGACCCAUCACCAGGUCACAGAGCCAAGUGACUGUGUCAGAGAUAAAGCAGAAAAAAGAGAAGAAGCAGAAAGGAAAGGACCCCGAGGAGAAGAGCACCCUGCAGCGCUCGAAGACCUUCGUUAACUUGCUUUUCAAGGGUGGACGGAAGAGAGACACUUCAAGGGGGCGUUCAAAGUCCCCGUCCAAAGACAAGGCUGGGAAAGAUGGAGCACGGGCUGGUGAGAUGCCAAAUUCAGAGAUGCUUGGAGUGGUGGAGGACAUGGCCCGCAGGCUGCUGACUGAGGAGGAAGUGGCUGCUGUAAUGAAGAUGUGCAGAAGGUACGUAGCAGAUUGUUCAGUGGAAAAUCUGAUACGUCAUCUGCUGGUUGUGCUGGACCGACCUGAAAAGCUGCUGCUGCUUAGAGAAGUGAGAAUGCUGCUUCCGCCUUCUGAUCUGAGUGUUUUCAAUAACAUGGUGACUGCCAUUGAAGCUGAGGCCUACGAUAUCCUCAAGUAUCGCUCAGUCCGGACUCCUCCUCUUCGCUCUCCCAUUUCUGGUCGAACACCAAAACGGCGCCUCAUCACUCCCAUCCCAGAUUACCAGGGAGGCUUUGAGCUCCACAGUGCUGAGGAGGUGGAGAAGGAGGGCCACCUGCUGGAGGAGCUGGAGAAGCUCAGCUUGACUGGGCCCCGUGUGUCCAAAGACAGGCUCCACACCUCCAGUUCCUUCACACCUCUGCUGGACAUACCGGUGGAUGGAUACAACACAGAGUCCAGAGACCUCAGACCUCCAGCUGCAAGUCCAGUGCUCCCCAACUGGCUGCUGGCCCGCAGCACCGACUACAGGCCGCCUCUCCAGACAGAGAUCGGCACAAUUCGCUCCGUCCAUUUUGAUGAGGUGUCGCUGCACUCUGCUUCAAAUAAGGGAGACACGAACUUAGAACGGGGACGGCCGCCGUUAAGAAACAGUCGCUCUAAAGGCAAAAAGGAGAAAAGUGGGGACAGGAGUAAAGAAGCCGUGUUUACGCUGCAGAGCGCUGCUCGCAGGAGUCGGCCUUUAUUGUCGCAGGUGUUUGGUUCAAAUCAGAAACUGGGGAGUGAACAGGUGAACGGUCAUCAGGCUUCUUCUGAGGACAAGAUCAAUGGCAGCGACUCCAAACAGGAGUAUGAGCUCCGAACUGUCAGCAUCUCCAAGACCAAACAGUCUCUGGGUAUCAGUAUAUCUGGCGGGAUGGAGUCAAAGGUUCAGCCGGUGGUGAAGAUUGAGAAGAUCUUUCCUGGAGGAGCUGCCUCCACCUGUGAAGUUCUCAAGGCUGGAUUUGAGUUGGUGUCUGUGGAUGCUGUUUCACUGCAAGGGGUCACCCAUCUGCAUGCCGUUGAUAUAAUCCGAAAAGCCUUCAGCAAUAAGGCCAAAGACCCCAUGGAGUUUGUUGUCAAAGUCCCCAAAGAUCUUUGAAAGGACUUUUGUGGAUUUAGAAAAAAUAUCCAGUGAUAAGCAGCCUCCGGAAUUUAACUUGGACACAGGUAAACUUUUACCAGCACACACACUGCUGAGGUCUGGUAUGCAUUUUUUGCCAUUCAAGUUAAAUUUGGGAACAAGGACACAGAAACUUUCUGAACUGAAACAAAGCUGCAGAUAAUAUUUAAGAGAAAAUGAACAAACCAAAAAGUUGUGUUUGUGUACAAAUGAAAUCUCUCACUUUUUCACAACCCUGCAGCCAGUGCCCAUCCAGAACAUUUUUAACUUGUUUGACCAAUAUCCAUUAGUGCAUAACAGAUGGAUAACUGUAGGUUAUGCUCCUGAAUUUUAAACUGUGCAGGAUGGCAAACUUCAACUUGAGUGCCUUUGAAAGCCCCAGUGGACUGAAUAUUAAUAAGAAUCCACGUUAAGGUGGCUUUAAAUUCAAUUUUCUACCUGAAGAGGGCAGACACGGACCAUUCACAAUAUUCCUGUGGACAGCAGCUAGCAAGAAGGAUUUCUGAAAAGUUACACCAGAAAAUAUUAAAUGUAAACAAAGAAUUAAAAAUGGGAGAAAGUACAUCUGUACAUGAAGGAAAGACCUGGUGUAAUAAAUAAAAUCUGACACAGCUGUUAAA